AUGCAAGAAGCACGACGGGCAGCAGAGCAAUAUGAAUUUCAGCCGGACUACACGCUACUUCAGUAUCAAGCAAAAUGCCGCGACCUUGCACCUUACCAGUAUGGUUCUUGGGGAGGUUCGAUUGUGGAGGACUUUCUGGAGGUGGUCACCAACUUUGCCCUGUUAUCCAUGUUCGGUGUCUUGGUGCCUUGGCUGGCUAUCCUGGCUGUCCCGGUGAACAUCAUGGUCUUCAGGCUGAUGGCCUUUCGUAUGACUCGCAUCACUUGCCGUCCUCUGCCACAUGGAGCUGAAGGCCAUCCGUGGUGA